GUCUACUACCGCUGCUGUACAAGAAAAAAAGUGCCUAGCCCAUCUAUUCCGUACCGUACGUGUAGAAUAUCUGUAAGGAUGGACCCCCAAAGUCAAAAUGACAAGAUCCGGACUCGGCGGCGCGGCGUUGUCGGUGUUGUACGUCGGGGGCCUUGCAAUGCCAAACUCUCUGCCGCUCGGGGAUGCCCUCGCUCAGGAUCAUCAGAUCGAGGGAGGCCUGCUGCCAUCCGAAACUCAGACAUUGGAAAUUCAAAAUGGUGAGAUGAACAACAAGAAUGGUCUUGCUUUACAAGAGUUACCGCCCGUCCUAAGUGACAUCCAGCAUGACCAGCUUCUCACACCAGAAACCGAGUGAGAGAGCGAAAAAUGGAGCACAAUUGGCCAUAGAACAUAGACGUAACACCAAGAAA